GUGGAUUCAAUUUCGAGUGGCAUCGUUGCUAUUUAGCUUGACGUCAACGGAACAGCUUGCAAAGUUUCUCCCUGCCAUCCCUUUGCAUCAGACAAGAAGUCAGGCGCAGCCGCUUAGCAAGAAAAGCGCCAUGGCGGAGACCAUUGAAGACGAAGGAUUUUGCUUGACACCUCCUGUCACGCUCCAGAAAAGUGUGGAGUACAUGGAGACUCCAGAGCCAUUCGUGGGCCGAUCGAAGCCACAAAAUGUCACCUUUGUGGACAACACAGCAGCCACUGCGACGGCUACACUCUCUGUGGCUCAGGCCAAAGGAGUCUCGAGCCUGCAGUGGCGGCAGGUGCAGGAUGUGCUGAGGUGGCGCAACCCAGCAGUCAGCGCGCUGGCCUUCCUGCUGGGCGGCUUCUGCUGCCUGGCUGGCGAGUACAUCAUCAGCGGCAACCACACCGUGACUCCCCUGAAGGCAAUCUCCUACUGCAUCCUGUUCGACCUGGGACUCAACACGGUCCGUUCAAUGGUCAGCGCACAGUGGCAGGACAAGGCGGCCUGGGGCAGCAGCAGCCUGAUUAAGACCGCAGCAGAGACCGCCAAGGUUGCUGUGCUGAAAGUGGCCGACCUCCAUGACCAGUUCCUGGCUGCGCGCGACCCCUUGCUGACUCUGCGCAUCGCCUCUGCUGUCUCCGCGCUGUCUGUCCUGGGCGGUAUCUUCAGCUUCUGGCGGCUGGUGAGCCUGGCAUUCUUCGGGGCCUUUGCUGCGGGCGCUGUAUACGAGACAUACGGCAAAGAGAUCACCUCCUUCCUCCAGACUGCAACGACUCAGAUCAAGGAGCGGUGGCAGGCACUGGCACUCUCUCGCAGGCACAAGGCGGUCGCUCUCACAGUGGCACUGUGGAUCCUGUGGGUAAACGUCAACUGGGCGGCUCGCGCUCAAGCCCUGCUGCUGGGCGCCCUGACUGUCCGCUGCAACCUCAAGCCUGCCGAGGUGAACGCGAUCAUUUCCCACGCGGAGCCGUACAUGCACAGCGCAAAGAAGCGCGCACGGCGCAUGUCGGUGGUGGCCACCGACUUUGUGCGGCGCCAAAGCAUGGGGCUGACGCAGACAAAGUCGCACGACAAGUGAGGCCGCUGCACCGCCUCUCUGCAGUCAGAGGUCCUUGCAGCGCUACAAGAAGGUUGCGGCUGGAUUUUUGUUCACUUUGUGCACCAUCACAGCAUGGUGUUGAAUCCUGUCCAAGCUGCACU